UCAACAACGAACGAAGCAAGAAGCAGCGAAAAGCGCUGACGAGAGGAGACAAUUCAAGGCGACAUCCCCAGCACAGACGCUCACCCUAUCUCUCUCGUACACAUACACACCCAUCCACACACGCACGCAUCCACACACCCAUCCACACAGACGUACACAGACGUACACAGACGCACACAGACACACACGGACGCAGGGAUGCCGAGUGUGCCUGGUGUGCCGUUGUUGGUCGUGACGGUGAUCUUGGGAGCAUGCCUGGUUGUGGUGCCGUUGGUGGCGGCCAUCCCCGUCUUGACUGUCGCGGCGGCGCUGUUCUGGCUCAUGGGCAGCGCUACAUUCAGCGCAACCCUGAUCGCCCUCGAGGUCACCGCCGCAUCCGCGCUGCUCGUCGGCGCAGGCACCCCGCCCGCGUUGCGGGCACUGCUCCGCUUCUUGCGCACACGAUCCCCUGCUCAUGACGCAUGCCAGCGUGACAUCAAGCAUAAGACGACGGCCACGGCACAGGACAAGGCCAAGCGCAGCGGUCGCGGCGCCGCCACACGCGCCACAAAGACGCUGGCCUUCUUCCACCCGUAUUGCAACGCCGGCGGCGGCGGCGAGAGGGUGCUGUGGUCCGCCAUCAACGCCGUGUGCGAGGAGUACCCGCACUACCACUGCAUCGUGUACACGGGCGACACGGACGCGUCCUCGGAGCAGAUCCUGGCCAAGGCGCGGCUGCGGUUUGGCGUGGAGGUUGACCAGCGGCGCGUGACGUUUGUGUUCCUGCGCACGCGGCCGCUGGUGGAGGCGGAGCUGUACCCGCGCUUCACCAUGCUCAUGCAGAGCCUGGCGUCCAUGCUCAUGGGGGUAGAGGCGCUGCUUGCACACGUGCCGGACGUGUUUAUCGACACCAUGGGGUAUGCGUUUGUGCUGCCGCUGUUUGCGGGGCUGGGCAUGUGCCCCGCGGCGGCGUACGUGCACUACCCGACCAUCAGCACAGACAUGCUUCAGAAGGUGGCGAAGCGCGAGCAGGACUUCAACAACACCGACAGCGUCAGCGCGUCAGCGACGCUGUCCACGGUAAAGCUGUGGUACUACCGCAUCUUCGCCUUCAUCUACGGCAUGGUGGGCGGCGCGGCCUCUGCUGCCAUGUGCAACUCCACGUGGACUUACAACCACAUUGACGCGCUGUGGUGGGGCGCGUACAACACGGCGUCCAUCGUGUACCCGCCAUGCGACGUGUCGCAGCUGACCAGCCUGCCGCUCGCUGGGCGCCAGAACGUGGUUGUCUCCGUAGCCCAGUUUCGCCCAGAGAAGAACCACGCGCUACAGCUGCGUGCCCUCAAGGCGUUUAUCGACACACACGGCCGCGGCAAGGAGGAAGAAGACUUCCAGAUUCGAACCAAUGUGACAUACGAGGAGCUGCAAGAAUGGCUGGGCCGCGCCCUCAUUGGCCUGCACACGAUGAAGGACGAGCACUUUGGCAUCGGCGUCGUGGAGUUUAUGGCUGCAGGUGCAAUUGCGCUGGCGCACGAUUCUGCCGGUCCACAAGGGGACAUUGUGCUGCCUGCGGACGGCAAACCGACCGGGUUUCUGGCGUCCACAGCAGAAGAAUAUGCAGAACACAUGCACACCAUAUUGAACAUGACGCCGCAGCAGCGCCUCGAGAUUCAGACGAGGGCGCGGGAGAGUGUGACGAAGCGGUUCAGUGAGGAGCAGUUCAAACAAGGCUUCCUCCGCCAAAUGCAGUUCCUGCUGGAAGGAUAG